CAGGAUGUGGUAGCAUUUUUAAUAGAGAAGAAAGAAACUAUUCAUGCAGUAAAGGAAGAAAGCAAUAGGCAAAUAAUUUUUGAAGGUGAAGAACAGAGUCAUACAAGUUCUCGAAAUAGAAAUCCAGCACAACAAAUGACAUCAGAGAAAAGGACAAGGAAACUUGAUAGAAGACAAAAUAUUCAGUCUCUGAAUGUUCCUAAAGUUAACCAAAAAGGCAUGUGGGAAACUGCUCAGCAAUCCAGGAGAAACAAAGGAAAAUACGCCAUUGGGAGAUCACCCAAUAUAAGCUCAGUUAAAGUUGGUAAUUCUGAACGUAGAGCUAAAGGUAUGGCUGCAACCCCUCCCGAAACAUCAACCAAGAUCCAGAGAUUCCCUAAUCCAUCCUUUCCAAAUGCUAAAGGAAAGAUUAUCUCUGAGAUACUUCAACAGAACAGUGAUGAUUAUUUCUCUGAAGAGGAAGAUCGAAGAGAAAAAUAUAUAGUACAUGGAAAUGUAGAAGAAUUCUAUGAAAACUGCUAUCCUCUGAAGCAUACUUUUGGAAUGACUUCUUUUCCAAAUAAAGCAGUAGGAAAAAAGGAUGCAUACACAUUCAAAUCAGAAUCAGACCUAGAAGAGUCAUCAUAUCAACAAAAGAAUCUUGAUAGCAGUGAAAGUAAUGAACUGGUUGAAAAAGAAAUGAAGCAGCGCAGAAGAAAUGUAACAAAAAGAUCAGAAAAUCUAUGUGAUAGUGCUUCUCCUGAAGAAGAUGAUGAUGGCCAUGGUGAUGGAGUACAUCGUAUAAGAAAGAGUAGAAAAGCUGAUUUCCAGCUAUUACCUAUUAAGAGGAAUAAAGUACCUAAAGAUGGUCCUGCCCUAUGUAUGAAGGAAGUAAAGAAAAACAAAAAUGAAGAGUGGGUCUCCAGAGAUUCUGUGAUUCUAGCAAUGUUUAGGAGGCCUGAUUCAUUACCUGGUGGUCUGCUACAAGUGAAGGAUGACUACAGUUUAAGUGAAACACUUCAGAGUGAAGGAAGACCUGCAAAGAAAACAUCUAAUGAAAAGAACAAGGUUUCUAUUAGUUAUGAAAAAGCAAAUGAUCUAAUGCAUAAAAUGGACAUGUUGCAAGAUGAAAUAGCCAUGCUUAAACUGGAAAGAGAAACAAAAAAUCAGACACAGGAAAAGGAAAAGAAAUACCUUGAGCAUAUUGAAAGUCUAGAAGAAAAGGUUAAUGACUUUCAAAAGACAGUAAAACUGAAAGAGGAAACAAUGAACCAGAUGAGAGCUGAGAUUGCAGUGUUAAAGUUUAAUCUGGAGAGUGGAAGACACAACAAUGAAAGAAAGGAAACAGACAUUGGAUCAAACAAUUCUAGACUGGCUAAUGCUUCACGUGAUUGUGAUCAAACACAGACAUCAAAAAGAGACCUUGAACAUGCUUCCCAGAGAGGAAGAGAUGAGCAUUUUCAUCUGCAGGAUGAGAUGAAUGCUGCUAUAUCUAACCUAGGAAAUGAAAGUGAAAGGAAAUUCAGUGGCCUAGAAAAUAAGUUACAUCUUGUGAGAGAUGAUGUUGGAAAAAAUACAUUGAUUUUAGAACACUUACAAAGAGAUGUAAGACGAAUACGGUGCCAAAUGAAGGAAACCGAAUGUGUGCAUCAAAAUGAACAAAGGAAAGCAAGCAAUUAUGUUGGAAAGAAAGAAUAUGAAGAGGAGAGAUCAUCUCAACUACAAAGUGAAAAUACACUUCUUCACCAGGUGAAUGAAGUUGGCAACAAAGACAAGAUAGUAGUUAAUAUGCAAGACCAAUUUCAUGAUGUACCAGAAAAAGUUCAACAUCAUAUGAAAACACCAACCCUUACAUUAAAAGAGAGGAAUAAGGAAAGUGAUAAUAAAAGUGAUCAUUUACAAGAAAAAGUUCAUCAAUACAAAAAUGUGAAAGCAGAAAGAAGCUUGCUUGAAGACAGGAAUCUAGACGAAAAGGAUGUGGAGUUCUUUGAGAAGUUGCGAGAUCUCUUACAAAAGCUUCAACUUGAAAAUUCCACAUUAAAACUCAGAGUGAAAAAUCAAACAGAGGUAAUUGAACAGCUUCAAAAUAACCUGGUGAAGGUAAAAUUGGAGCUUUCAAGUAAGAAAAAUCUUCGUGAGAAAUGUGAAAAAUUAGAGGAAGAAAAUAGCAAAUUGAUACAGGAGUUAACAAACCUGAAAAAGCAUACUGAAGAGCUUACUAAAGAACACAGUCAAAUAGAAAAAUAUAAACAAGACACAGAAGAACGUGCAAAAAAAGAAUUAACAACAAAAUUAAAACAAGUCAACCUACUUUUACAGAAAGAAACAGAAAAUCAAGAACAUUUAGAUGCGUUAAGAAAAACUAAUAUGGAUGCCCAAAGAAGCAAGCUGGAACUCCAAAUUAAAGAACUGGAAUCUGAAGUCCUUCAAACUAGAACCAAGAGAGAUUCUACCAAAAUAAAACUGCAAAGAUUUAAACAACUCUAUCGAGAAGAACGUAAAACUAGAAAAUCAUUGUCAAGUGAAGUAAAUUAUCUUCACAGAACAAUUGAUAUUCUAACUGAAAGCAAUAGUAGACUUCUGGAGAUGCAGCAAAACAGUAGUGACAGUACAAGACCUCCUGUGGAUGUUCCUCAUGAAAGAGAUCUUCAUGGCCUCAUGGCCACACCUACCUCAUAUGCACCAUAUGUACAUCAAAGUACAAACCACUGUAUAAAUUUGUUCCAGCAUAACUUGCACAAUUUGGAUACAGAAACAAAUGAAGCUCUUGAUGAAUUACAGUGGGGAACUUUUCAACCUUUAUCCCCAUCACCUAGUACGAAGUCAAGGGGAAAACAUCAUCGGAAGACUGCAUCGAAGCAGCACAGAUAUUAA